GGGAGUGGUAAAAGUGAAAAACGGAUAAUUUUCAAAAGUGUUCAAAUAAAAUUCUCAAGUGAUAAUGGAUUGGUCGGUUAAGGAUAGCAAUAUGCUUAAAUAUAACAGCAGCAAAAAGUUGAGUGAAACUAAAGUAAUAAAUUAUGACCAACCUCCACCGGAUUAUUCAAGUGAUGAGGAUAAAAUUUGUUCCAAGCAAGCUGUAAAGAAAAACAUCAAAGAUUAUUUGGAGAAUACAACACUACAUGGCUUGAAGUAUAUUGCUGAGGAUAAAAUUACAAUAUCAGAGAGAGUAUUCUUUGGCCUGGCCUUUGUUUGUGUCGUGAUCGUUUCGGGAUUUUUCAUAUCCAAUGUUUAUGUGAAAUGGUCGGCAACCCCGAUAAUUAUAUCGACUAGCUCAAAACUAACGCUUAGCACAGAAGUACCAUUCCCAGCCAUUACCAUAUGCAACCUGAAUCAAGCACAACGGAGUAAAGUAAAGAAUAUACCAAAAACUAGUUCCAAUUUCUCCUUGUUAAUGAGCCUAUGCGAUCAGGAUGCUAAUGAUGUUGUAAUGACAUAUCUGGUUUGGAAAUAUUUUAAGGCUAUUUUAAUAGAGGUCGCCCAACCAUGCGAUCGAAUGCUUCUGUUUUGCAGUUUUGGUUCUCGUGUUGAAAAUUGUUCGAAUAUAUUCAAUACUGUGUUGACGGAUGAUGGAAUGUGUUGUACCUUCAACGCCUUGGACUCGAAAUUUUUGUUGUUAAAUUACAGCGAAGAAAACUCUCUUCUACCGGCUUCGGAAAGUCAUUAUGUGGCCAUUGAUUGGACACCGGAUAAGGGUUAUCCCAAGGUUUUGCCUUCUCACUACUAUCCACGGGUUUCAGGUGGAACGGGAAGUAGAAUGGGACUGACUGUCGUAUUGAAUGUGUCGUCCAGUGAAUAUUAUUGCAGUAAAACCAAAUGUGUGGGUUUCAAGGUCCUGGUGCAUAAUCCCGCUGAGCUGCCCAAAAUCAGCAAUUAUGGUUUCCUCAUGACGGCGGGACGUGAGGCGCGUAUACCCAUUGAGCCCAUCUAUCAGGAUGCGGUGGAUAGUAUUAGGUACAUUAAAAAAUCGGUGCGUCGUUGUCUCUUCUCUGACGAAGGCGACCUGGUCUAUUAUCGAACAUAUUCACGGAAGAAUUGUGAAUUGGAAUGUGAAGCAAAGAUAUUAAUGAAGAAAUGUUCCUGCGUCCUAUAUUAUCUGCCACGCAUCGAUCCGAAUGUACCGAUUUGUGGUCCGAACGAUAAUCGUUGUACAACUCAGGUACAAUCGGAAAUUGAAUCGUCGAACAAGAGUGAAUCGUGUGAUUCAUGUUUGCCGGGUUGUUUCGAAUUGAAUUAUCAGACAACGUUAACAUCAUCGGCUAUGGUUUUGGGUGAUUUUCGCACAUCAGAUGAUUUCCCUCCGGGUAUUUCGCCCGAAACCAAAAUCAGUGAUUUGUCGAUUAUGCAUUUCUAUUAUAUAUCGAAUACAUUUCGGGGAACCACAAAAUCGGAAAUGUUUGGUUUCACAGAGUUUUUGUCCAAUACCGGUGGCCUAUUGGGCCUAUUUAUGGGUUUCAGCAUAUUUUCCAUCAUUGAGAUUGUUUAUUAUAUUACGGUGAGACCAUAUUGUGCAGCCCGUACCAUGGAAAUGGAAAAGAAAAGGAGACAGAAUGAAAUAAAAUGGCUCACCAAGGAUUCCUAUAAAAUGGACAAUUCUGUCACCGAUGUCAAAAGGAAGCCCUGGGUAAAACGUUUCCGAAGAACUCAUCGAAAAUAUCAGAAAAACUUGCGAAAUAUGUUUACAAAGUCACGCAAUAUCUCAAAUGAUGAUGGACAUGUUUAUCCUUAUAUCGAAUAAUUAUAUUAAUGAUUUAUUAAAUUUGGAAUGGUUAGAAGUUGGGCAGGCGGAUUUUGUGAUACCCUAACCACUUUGAAUACCUAGUAGAGCUACCAGAAAUAAAUAAA